CUGGGUUAGCCAAUGAGAUGGCACGCUGAGUCUACAGUAGCCAAUGAGAACCUGUAACGUAAGAAGUAGGGAAGUGAGGACUGGAGGAACAGUCAACUGAUUUUUCCGCCCUGAAAAAAACCGUCGUAAACAAAAGCAAAGGCGACCAAAAGAAGUUUUUUUGUCUACCUGAAACACGACAACUCAUUUGUCCGCUUUUUACCGACACCCACCUCUUCGCCGUGUGUGAUUGGUUUCCUCUUUUUGGUCAGUCGAUGGUGCGGGCUUUGUGGGCGGCGCUGCGGAUGGUGUCCUGCGAGGGACCGGCUUUGUUGACAUCAAACGUACCUGGCACAAGCAGCGGUGCAGCUGCGAGGAUCCCACCAUCCCACACACCCACGUCGGUCCACUGCAGGAGUCUGUCGAGCGCGGCGAGGAAACUCCAGUGUGCAGCCACAAUGCCAGUGAUCAACACAGACAACCUGGACGAGAAGCAGGUGCAGCUGCUGUCCGAGAUGUGCAUCCUCAUCGAUGAAAACGACCGCAAGAUCGGAGCGGACACCAAGAAAAACUGCCACCUCAACUCCAACAUCGACAAUGGUUUGUUACACAGAGCCUUCAGCGUCUUCAUUUUCAACAGCGAGGAGAAGCUGCUCUUACAGCAGAGGUCAGACGCCAAAAUCACUUUUCCAGGCUGUUUCACCAACACAUGCUGCAGUCAUCCUUUACACACAGCCAGUGAGCUGGAGGAGAAAGAUGCGAUAGGAGUGAGGAGAGCUGCUCAGAGGAGACUCAAAGCUGAACUCGGCAUCCCCAUGGAACAGGUGACGCCAGAUGAAAUGACCUACCUAACAAGGAUCCACUACAAGGCCCAGUCAGACGGUGUGUGGGGAGAACACGAGAUCGACUACAUCCUCUUCAUGCAGAAGGACGUGGAGGUGAACCCUGACCCCAAUGAGAUCAAAAGCCACUGUUAUGUGACCAAGGAGCAGCUGAAGGAGAUGCUGGAGAAGGCCAAACGCAAGGAGCUGGAGAUCACUCCCUGGUUCAGCCUCAUCGCUGAAACCUUCCUCUUCAAGUGGUGGGACAACCUGUCCAACCUCAAGCAGUUCAUGGACCAUGACUGCAUCCACCGCAUGUAAUCUGUGUGCAUCACAAUAAAACCCUCUCCUCUCUGCCUGGUGUACAGUGUAGCUAGUCAAGAGCUGGCCAGACUGGACCUAGAACGAAGUCACCCAUCAGGCGUGUUUGUUAGGGAUUUUCUAGCCUCUGCUGUCGAGGGAGGAGGAAGUGUUAGUUUACUUACACUGAAGCUGCUAUAAGAACGAAUUUCAGAAUGUUUUUUUAGUCGUGCUAAAUGGCUGAUGUGAUUCUCAGUAGCUCUGUAGCCACUAAGAGCAUCUACUGUAUCUACACAGUGAAGGAGAAAUGAUUUGUAUUGAUCACUGUCAAGGAGUAGUCAAAGCAGUUUUGGUCACUUUUAAUUUUAAUUUUACUGUUUACAGUAAAAUGUGAUAUUAUUUAUAACUCCAUGGAAUGUACAGCCUAUUUUUUUUUUUAGAAAAUCUUCAAGUGCCUGAUCACAGGUCAUUAGGCUGAGAUGAAUGGCAACCAGUCCAAUAGUGAUGUAAUGUUACAACCUUUAUCACACUGUAUGAUACUGUAUGACAGUCAGUAAGCUACUUCUUUGUUAUCUUUUGCAAUAAAGAUUUCAAAGUGU